AUGGCAUUCCUUCGGUUCCCCAUCAUCAUCAUGUAUUUCAUAGCCUCAUCACUUUUGCCAUCUGUAGCUUCUUAUGCUUCUGGUUCUCAGCUAAAUUCCGAUACCCCAACAAUCUCAGCUUCACCGGUAUCCAUGUCGGAUCCCCCAUUGUCCCCUUUCCUACCACUGUCACCCGAUAUUGCUCCUUUAUUGCCAUCUCCCGGUGGACUGGUGCCCACAACCGGCUCAUCCAUGCCCACCAUCCCUUCCGUCCCGAGCCCCUCAAACUCCAACGACUUAAUCCCUCUCGGCCCCGACUCUGCUUUUCCAACGUUCGGAUCACCACCGGCUUCUUUCUCGUCUCCGAGACUUUCAUUCCGGUCUUUACACUUGGCAUCAACUUUUUGGGUUCUGGUAGUUGUACCCUAUUGCUUAAUGCAGCUUGUUACGGUAUUGUAAAUUUAAUUUAUUGGUUAUGAAACUCUAGUCUUUUAAUUUCUCAUCUUCGUCUUUUUUUGUUUUGU